AUGGAAGAGGAAUGGAUAAUUGAGCAUGAGAAGCAAUUGAUGGAAAGGGAAUGUUUGGCAGUUCUUACAGAAGAAGGAAAGUCACCUAAACCCAAUGAGCAUCUUAAACAAUUAUUAAAAAACAUUGAUGAAAAAGAGAAGGUGUUGAAGUAUGAACAAAAAUCUGGAAAGGUCAAUCCAAGAAAAGGACAAACAAGUGAAAAACUCUGGAUCCAAAUAGAAAAUUUGACAGAACAUAUCAAAAUCACCAAAUUGUUGAAGCAAGAUAAAGAAGACAAUAAAACAAUUGCAUUGGGUACAUCAAAAAUUCAUUACAUAGACCCACGUAUUUCUGUAGCAUGGUGUAAAAAAUACAAUGUACCAAUUGCUAAGAUUUUUAACAAAAAUCUUAAAGUCUUCAUGAAAAAUUCCAAUGGGCAUUAG